AUGGUAAGACAAGAUCCAAUGGAGGCUGCACUGCAGAAGAAGAUGACUGCUGUUCUCUUCUUGCUCAUAUCUGUCCGAGCUCAAGACGCAGCCAAUCAGCCCGACGCCGACGUUGAUCCGCUCCACCCGAGCAUGGCCGUCAUGCUAGUCGUGUUAGUCGUAAUUCUCUGCGCGACGUUUCUCAUGGUGGCGUACGCCAAGUUCUGCCAUACGCAGGACCGGCGCCAUCGAAACCAGGGACAAGGCCUCGGCAGGAUCGUGCGAUCGAGGUCUCGUUUCUCAGGAAUCGACCGGCGCAUAGUCGAGUCGCUUCCGUUUUUCUUGUUUUCUUCAUUAAGGGGAUCGAAAGAAGGCCUCGAAUGCGCUGUAUGUCUGUCCGGUUUCGAGGAUACGGAAAUCCUCCGCUUGCUGCCAAGGUGCCGGCACGCUUUCCACAUGAAUUGCAUCGACAAAUGGCUCGAAAACCACUCCAGUUGCCCCCUCUGCAGGUGCAAGUUCGACGCCAGUGACCUCAUAAACCUCGCGGACAGAAAUCCGACAGACGAACAAACUCUAGAGUUCUACAUUCAAAGAGAGGAGAGCAGUCGAGAAAGAUCUUCGAGGUUCGAUAUGAUGAACACAUUGCAGAGAGUUGUCGCGAAGGCGAGAAGGGACGAGCCGUUGAUCGGAGAAUUCAGGAUCAAGAACAACGACAGCCACAGGUUCGGACACAAGAUCAUCGUGUCUGAUGUAAUGUGCCGAAGCCGAUGGAGCGAUGUCAACUCUUCGGACCUCAUGUCUUUGAAUUCCCAAAUGCUGGAUGUCCUGUCCAGCCGAAGAUUUUCUUCGGCGAAAGAACAUAUCUUGAAGAUCAAAGAGAACUUCGAAAGGAUGCAGCAGCCUGAUCGAAAUCUUCCGGCAGAUGAUUCAGACAACGAGUUGGAUCAUACCUCAACGUCUAAACAAUUGGAUCCGUCUCAGAAAAGAUCGAUGUCUGAAAUUUCGAAUGUUCCAAGAUUCAAGGAGUUCCCUACAACAAGCAAGAUGGGGAUGGAUGACAAUGUAAGAAAACUUUGGCUGCCUAUAGCUAGGAAAACUGUUCGAAAAUUCGGAUGCUAG